AUGGAAACGGACAUAACACUGGAACAGUCUCCGGCGACGGAGAUAAAUGCCGGCAGGAUAAUCAGCCGAGAUUCCGUGAAACCGGACUUCCAAGGAAAGGUUUUGGAGUUCCAGUUCAAGUCCCUGUUGAACGAUCCGAUCCUGGUCCUAUUCUUUAGCCUUGCGCAGCUUCAGACGGUGGAGUUCAGUUACAUGCUUCUUUGCUAG